AUGGCGCCGGCGGCGCGGGAUGCCGAGCUGGGGGCCGAGCUGGGCGAGAGAGGCGCCUUGAUGGAGCAACAGACCCUGCUCUCCGACGGCGGCGAGCGGCCCGCGGCCGCGGGGCACCCAUGGUUGCACCGCACGCCCUGCGCCCUGGCCUCGGUGAUGGUGGCGAUCAGCUGCACGCUGGUAGCAAUGGCUUGGGCUUGUUUGCGUGGAGCAGCUCCGGUGCCGCAAGCUGACCACGUUGCUGCUCUUCGAAUUUUAUCUACCAAGGCCUCAGGCGUGGCUACCAAGACCGAUGGCGACACCAAGUGGGUCUUGUUCCCUCAGGAGGAGGAGCGUUCAGCAAUGGCCCUUCCGCAGUGGCUCCAGUUCGGCAGCCCCGCAGAUGACGAGCAGGCAAAGCCGGCAGAGCUGGCAGAACCAGCGGAGCCGGCAGAGUUGGCAGAUCUGGCCGCUGGACCGCCCGCCCCCCCCGGCUUCGAGUUCCU